AAAUAGUAUCGCCCGUUUAUGAAAACAAUAGGCACGUGAUAACAAAAUGGCGGACGUCACAGAAUCGGAAACUACGUCUCUUUUAGGGAGUUCUCAACGCUCAACAACCUCCCCUAACUCUAUAAAUGGUGACCAAGGCAUUCAUCCUGUUCCCUCCCAAAGUGUGAUAGACGAUGAAGACGGGGAGGACAAUGACGACACUUCACCGAAAGUGGAAAUCGACCAUGUCCAUGUACUGUCUGGACAUUAUGAAAGUCUUGACUAUGAUGUUUGUGAAAAUUUGAUUUACCAAAGGGAUGAACGACAACAGUCAACAAAGUGGGUAUUGAAGCGGGAACUGGCUAGAUGGUUUGUCAUGGGUAUGAUCGGCAUUUUGACAGGACUAAUCGCCUCUCUGAUUGACAUUGGUGUGGAAAAAACAUCAGACUUAAAAUUCACAUUCCUGAGACACUUAGUUGACCAUUGUACGGAGCGCAAAUGUCUCGUUGCCCCGCUGCUGUCCUGGGUCGGACUGAAUGGAGUUAUCUUGUUGAUUGGAUCCUUCCUUACAGCGUUCAUUGCUCCUGUGGCAGCUGGAAGUGGCAUCCCACAGAUCAAGUGUUUCCUGAACGGUGUCAAAGUCCCGCAUGUUGUACGAGUGAAGACACUGUUUGUCAAGAUCAUCGGUGUUAUUUUGGCUGUUGCGGGGGGUUUAGCAGUCGGCAAGGAAGGUCCUAUGAUCCACUCAGGGGCAGUUGUCGCAGCAGGAAUUUCCCAGGGUAGAUCUUCAUCAUUCAAGUUUGACCUCAAGUUAUUUGAGUAUUUCCGCUCUGACACAGAGAAGCGUGACUUUGUGUCGGGAGGAGCAGCAGCAGGCGUGUCAGCAGCCUUCGGGGCACCUGUUGGUGGAGUUCUCUUUUCACUGGAGGAGGGCGCCAGCUUCUGGAAUCAGGCUCUCACCUGGAGAAUUUUUUUUGCCUCCAUGUUGUCCACACUCACCCUGAACGUCGUCGCGAGUUGUAGAAAUGGGAACUGUUUCAACCUUUCUCUGCCUGGUCUAUUCAACUUCGGCAAAUUUGGGAGUCUUAGUUAUAGUCCCAUAGAAAUCAUCAUGUUUGUGUUCAUGGGGGUUAUAGGUGGAGUUUUUGGCGCAUUGUUUAACCACAUGAACUUCAAACUGACGAUAUUCCGCAACAAGUACAUUCAUAGCCGUCUGGCGCGGGUUGCGGAAGCUGUUCUCGUUGCUGUCAUGUCUGGAACCAUCUCGUUUCUCAUCAUCCUGGUCUACAACGACUGCCAGCCAAUGACAGCCGAGCCUAAAUCCUACCCUGUACAGAUUUUCUGCCCAGACGGCCAUUACAGCUCCACGGCUGGCCUGUUUUUCCAGACACCUGAGGCAGGAGCCAUCCAUCUCUUCCAUGAUGUUGAAGGGACAUACAGUCCAGCAACGUUGGCGAUGUACUGUGUUGUGUUUUUCAUGCUGGCAUGUUGGACGUAUGGACUGGCGAUCCCGAGCGGGCUGUUCAUCCCGAGUCUCCUUAUUGGGGCUGCCUGGGGUCGAUUGUUCGGCCAGUGUCUUCAGAUACUCUUCCCACACGCGGUUUGGCUUGACUCUGGGAAAUACGCGUUGAUAGGAGCUGCUGCACAGCUAGGAGGUAUAGUCCGGAUGACAAUAAGUCUGACUGUGAUAAUUAUCGAGGCGACGGGAAACAUCACGUUCGGUCUUCCUGUCAUGAUUGUGCUUAUGAUCGCAAAGUGGGUCGGAGAUUGCUUCAAUGAGGGCAUCUACGACUCCCACAUCCACCUUCAGGGUGUACCCAUACUGGGCUGGGAGCCACCACUAAUGUCCGCCAAUAUAUCCGCAAGGGAGGUAAUGAGCCAUCCCACGAUCGUGUUCCGUACACAGGAGAAGGUUGGACGGAUUGUGGACAUUCUGAAGAAGGAGGCACACAAUGGCUUCCCGGUCGUUGAGGAUUAUGACCCCAGCAGUGAUGUAGAAUAUACAUCUGAGGAAGAAGUGCAGACAUUUGGAAGAUACCAGGGUGUUAUACUUAGAUCUCAGCUAAUUGUUCUUUUAAAACUGAAAAUUUUCCAAGAAAAUACGGAUAUAAAAAGAAAAAUGGACCAAUUAAAGUCCUCUGAUUUCAGAGACGCAUACCCUCGAUUUCCACCAAUACAGCAAAUCCACAUUUCGCCCCAUGAGAGAGACUUUACCAUAGAUCUGGUUCCCUUUAUGAAUCCGGCGAGCCAUACCAUACGAGAUUGUGCGUCCCUUCCCAGAAUCUUCCGACUGUUCAGGGCUCUCGGUCUUCGGCAUGUAGUCGUCAUCAAUGAUAAAAACAUGGUUUUAGGUAUGGUUACACGUAAAGAUUUGGCGCGAUACAAGGUCAAGGUCGAUUUACUACGGGGCAAAAUUGAUAUCCAUGAAAUUAACGUCUCUGCGCAAUGAUCUACCAGACCUUCAAAAGAAGAAAACAUUCCACACAGAAGGAACAAAAUACUCAAGACAAUAUUCCUCAACUAGGUUAAGGAAUGUACGUCUCCGCCUUGCACCCAAGAUGUCAUUGAUUCAAACUUUCUGAGGAGUAUUUCCUCAAGGCGUAUUAGAAAAUAAAACUGUAUUAUUGAUAAUUGUCAAUACUCUUAAUUUAAUCUAAACAGUGAUUACUGCUUCAUACUAAAUUUGAUUUUUUUUUAAAUGACAUUAAACUUUAUAUAAACCUUUAUCCGGCGUUUGAAUAAAGAAAAUGAUGUUGUCUUA